CGAUGCUUCUGGAUUGGGAUUAGCGUACCCGCCUUUAAACUUGAGACCCUGGAACCUCGGAACCUCGGAACCUCAGUUCGCCAUGGGGAUAAUAAAGUUGAAAAGCCAGACCGAAGCACUCCAACCGCCCUCUUUCGACCGAGUAUCUACGCCCAGCUCCAACAAUUUCCCUUCUAUCCAGUCCAAUCCAAUUAAACAGCCACGAAAAGUAGCACCACGACAACCCGGGGUGCAUGCACGCGCCCAUCACUUCCCACAAGAAACUCCUCCACAAACGACGAUGGCAGGAGUCCGCGCUUCCCCGGCGGUCACCUGUUACCGCGCCUGAGACCGCGCUUCCUACAAACAAGGCCAGACCGCGAACAAAACUGGUCCGCGCUGCUAGCCUCGACAACACUUCAGGAGAAAAGCAGGGUCGCGGGGGAAGAAAAAGCUGGCAAACAAAAUUUGCGAUAGCCGUAGAAGUGUGCACCGCGUCUGAUUCGCCGCGGCCCUUUAUUCCGGACGCUGAAUCGGGUUUAGCGCGGUACCCUAGCGGCCGCGACCUCGGGAUCGUGAAAGUUAGUCGCGGCACUACUAGAAUAGAAGCGAAGCGGGACGGAGAAAUAUACCGAGAUACGGUUACUAAUCGUACUGGACCCUUAUUUUCAAGGGUGCGACGAAGUCUAGUCCGCUUUCGGCACUGUGGGAUUCUCGCGGCGAAAGUCACCGAGCCAGUGGUUCGUCGGCGCGGGUCCGACGGGGCCUUUGGAAGCGUCUCUACGCGGGUUUGCAUUAUUACCGUAGUGCUAGAAGUUGGAAUGGAUAGCCUGACUGGCUUCGAUGCACGAUAGUGU